GAUGUGGAUUUAGAUCUGUGGAUUCAAAAGGAAAAAAAAUCAGAGAUGAGAGAUGUAGAGAUGUGUUGUUGAUCUACAAUAUUAGAGUGGUAUCAAAAUCCUCAUCUUCAUCUUCAUCUUCCGACUUGAUACAGAGCCGGUGUGGGAUCUGAGUUUGUUCUUCAUCUAGGGUUUUGCUGAGGAGAGCAAUUGUGUGACGGGCUUGCCUUUCAUCUUUUCACUCCAAACCCUAAACAACUCUCCAUCAUCUCUCAGGCUCCUUCAACAACGUCGAUUUUCUUCAAAGCUUCAUCGGCUGUGAUGAACAUAUCCGGUGAUUAUGCUUCUGUGCCGUCCGCCGAUAUGAAGUAAACCUUAUCCAAACGCAGAUAAUAGAUAUUACAGAGAAUGAUGUACAGUCGCAGAUCUGUUCAUCGAAGAUUCCAUGGUUCGUCUCGUGACCGAUCCAAACGCAGAUCUGUUCAUCGAAGAUUUCAUGUUUGUUGGACUGAAAAUGCUGAAAUACGACCCUGCUGGCAGGAUUUCGGCUAAACAUGCUAUGGAUCAUCCUUAUUUCGAUAGCUUUGACAGAUCAUAGUUCUGAUGCUUUUGCCCUGCUGUUUGAUUAUACCGUGUGUAUGCAUUCUACAAGUUAUGUUCUUAUCCUACAAGUGUUAUGUGUUUAUCGUGCUUUUUUCGUAAACCUUUAUUGCAUCCGAAAAGUGUCCGUGUGAUAUGCAUUCUACACGUUAUGUUCUUAUCCUACAAGUGUUAUGUGUUUAUCGUGCUUUUGUCGUAAACCUUUAGUGCAUCUGAAAAGUGUCGUUCAUGACAAACCCGAGAGUAGCAGUUCGUUGCCUGAUCCUGGGUACUGGGAUCCUAAUUAUAGUGAUGAACUGCUUUUGCAAGAUGAUUCUUCAGAAUUAAACAACAUGACAAUGGGAGUAUGCAAAUUAGUCAAGCUUUUACUCCUACAGAAUCUUUUGGUGGAGUUGGGCGAUUUAAUCAAAUGUCAAACUCAAAUAUGUCAAUACAGAGGCCAAACAAGCAUUCCCACAUGCAGAUGGAUCUCCCGAUGUGUAUGUUCACCCUAUGAUGCGUUCUUCCCAUUUAAUGCCCCAUUUCUCUCAAUUUGCACCCAGCCAGUUGGGUCAACAGCAGCGAUUCAGUCACGGGCGGUCAAUGGGUGCUCGUGGUGGCGAAUGGAAUCAUGUCAAGGUCCAGCCCCCACUUUCCAAUUACAGCUCAGCGGGUCAACGUUCCCACGGAAGCAACAACAAUUCGCCAUGGGGGCAUAGGGGCAACCAUCCGAUAGCGACCAAUAUUCUCCCAUCUUCACAUGGUGGAAACGAAUAUGGAAGGAUUGCAUGAUGGUUACAGUUUCAAAAUUAUAUAUAGAAAAUAUGGACUGUAAGGAAGGAAUGUUGUGAUGAUAAUUGGUAGUUGAAGUACGACUUAUGGAUGUGCAUUCAUAGUGAUUUUUUUCAUUUAAGACUUA